AUGGAUGGCCUGUAUUCUUCAUUGCCGCCAAAGGCCUACAGCUUGCGAAAUUUUGUUCGUACAGGAAGUGCUCUUGAUAGUCCAGACAUCGAUGGAGAUGCAUACUUGCUAUUUCUGCUGACCGGACAACAUGUCCUGGAAGAGCAUCAAGCCGUUAUUGACGCUAGAAGAAAUACCCUUAAUGACGACCAUUCCGUCGGGGCAUCUAGAGACUACGAUUCUCUGAUUGGAAUUGCGGAUAAUAUUCUGGUGAACGCUGCAAUAUCGGUUUAUCCGGCGCCCAAUCCUGCAGAGGUUUUGUCUUCUAGUAUUCACCUCAAAAUUCGAUUGCCUUCUGGAGAUGUGAGUACGAAUGCUUUCAUUCCCAUCCACCGCAUUCCGAAUUUCCAAUUUGCUGUCUGGGGAAACCGCUGCCAAAUACACAUAUUCUUUCCCGGCAUAGCGUCUCGAGGUCCGGAAGACUUGGCUCGACAAUUGUCGAAAGAAGAAAAAACAACCUUCUACGAAAUUGGCCUCCGUCCUGCAAUCGCAGCUUUGUUACCCGAAGAUAUAUCAGAUUGGCCACCGACUUAUGACGGAGAACUGUUUCGUGCCCGGAAGCAGAGUGGCCAUAUGUCUUAUCAGACGAAAAUUAUUCCAGAACUUGAGGUGCCCAACUUAGUAGGUCGUAUUCGAAGAAACCUCGAGGAUGCAAACGUCGAUUGGGCCGAAAGUUUCUUCUUCACACACACUGUGCGCGGUUUUAAGCACGGGACUCAGCAUGAAAUGAACGAAGAUGAAGCACAACUGGCCCUUGACAUCUUGUUGAAUCACGCAAAUUUAUCGAGGGACGCAACUGAGAGGGGGGAAUGGUGGAUUGAUGUGGGGCUCGAACUUUGUAGCGACAUUCAGAGCUGCCUUCAGUGGGCGACAACAUCGCAUUAUCACAUGGUGAAGGAGGUGUUGAAGAUAUCCGAAGCAAAUGCAAGCCGAAUUACUUCUUUGGGUAGCUCGAAGUACCAGAAGGACAUUGUGAGCCACAUCAUGGACGUCGCUGGAUGUAGGAUUGAACCUGGGUCCCGAGCACAAGGCGAAUAUGAAGCAGUUUACUUUCAGCUAUACACGACGGACAAAGCUAUCACCUACAACCCAGAGGGCAGGCAUCACGGUAAAGCCAUCUCCACUAAUUUAGCGAUGGGUCCUACACAACCGCCGACUUUUAUUUCGGGGUUGUUCGAGCUUUUUACGAAUGCGAUGACAAGAAACUCAUCAAACGCUCGUAUCGAAGUUCGAGUACCGAUACGCCAUGCUACAAGAGUCCUAGUGACAAUAGACGUUGAUCUUGUUCGACGAAAUUUGCUAGCAUUCCCUAGGUCCACUUGGUGGAAAUUUCGAGCUCAACGUGUCGAGGCUAUCAGCCGAGUUCUAAUGCGACAACAAGAAGGUGACCCCCAGCUUCGAAUUAAACCGGCUGCUCUUCAGCUUACAGCGGCAUGCGUGUGGCUUCUGAACGGCCUUCAUUCUCGGCCUGAUGACGGGUCCGCAGCUCGCAAUCUUAUGACGACAGUCUUGCCCCUAACGGAUUCCCUGGAUCCUGACCCAAACACUGUGCUCUUUCUUUCACAAGAAGAAGACUUCUCAGAAUUACCAUAUAAUCCCUUCGGUGUCAUCUUCCUUCGCUGCAUAUCACUGAAGGUUCCUGUGCCGAGGAUGAGGCACAACCCGGAGGUCUUUCUCUUGCCGAAUUCCUUCCAAUACCUCUUCAACGCAACACAAGAGGAGAUUAGAUACAAGUACCACUCCAUAGGUGUUGUGCCGCGGCAUGUUGAAGCGCAACGCAGAAUCGUCACCAACAAAACCAGGAGAACCAAGAGGUUCAUCCCAGUCGAUGAGAGACUUCCGGACUCCCAAUUCAAUCUUGGGUCGAGAGGCUACGCCCUUCCACCGCCUCCUGCAGAUGAUGGAUCGGACAAAGAAUGCGGAAGUGAGGAAGAAGGUAACCUCGACGCAAAAUUGACAUCAAUAUGGUUCCAAUUUCUGCUCGACAUGGCGGAUAGAUCUCCGGCGCCCAAAAGGUCUUCGUCUGCAUCUUAUUUGAAGUUGACCAGUGCGCAGAGGCAACACGCUGGCGAAGAACUAUACAUGAAUCUCAAAUUGUCAGAUGUAUGGACAGCCGUUCGAUGGAAACUAGGCACACCAUCAGAGUUUCAAACAGCCUUUGGUAAUCUCUUCCCGGAAAAAGAUCACGAAACCCAACCCAAAGUACAAAACUACACGCAGUGCAGGUACUACAUGGAAUGGAAGACAAUUUGCGCAUCGGGGGAUGCAAAAACUAUCACGGCAGCUCGACAGGAGCUCUGGCGCAAAGUUCUUCGCCUUCAGUGGAUUCCUCAGGCAGCGUCUGAUAAGAUGUGGAAUACGCAGCAGCCCAAAAGGCAAGAUGCCUCAGUGAGGUUCCCGCCUGAUUCUGAGGGCCCAGCACCACGUAUACUGUGUAGACGGAAGCCCACAUGGUGA